UGAAGUUUGUCUUCGAAGAGGAAUAGAAGGUGUAGGUGGAGCAGAAAACAGUUUUCUUACAGGCUGACAAAAAAAGGCGAAUUUACUCACUAGGUACAACAAGAUUUCUGUACAUUGAGUUUGCAAUGCCUCGUGUUGAGGAGGACAAUCUCUAUGAAUGAGAGGGCACCAAAGGUAAACUGAUCCCAGCCUUUGUAAGUUGGUCAUCAAAAAACAGAUGUCGUCUUUCAUGGCUCCGUCUUGCCGCUAGUAGAAAAUGACUUCUGGUGAAAAGUCGUGAUGACCACGAAGAUGACGGCUGCAUCAACGACAUCCAGAUAUCGAACCCGCUUUGGCACCGCCUUUUCCUGACACCGCAGGACUUCUGGGAGAGGAGCGUCAUCCCCGUCUUUCGCCAGCUAGGACAAGACCCAGAUCGACGACCUUCUCCGCUUCCUCUUCGAACAAGAUGUUGAAGAAAGCCGCUUUUUCGAACGCUGCAUUCCUUCUCCUGUUCUCAUGGAGCUCAUCAUUUUUAGGCCUGCAGCUUUGCCAUGCGUUCGACGGUACGGAGAUGGUCGGGUUUUUGAACCAAAGAUAUACGCCCCAAGCGCCUCCACGGGACGUUUCGCUCACUGGAAUCUCUGAAAUCGACAGUGUCCGAUCGUUUCUCAAGCAUGGCUCAGGAAGUUAUGGGCGUGCAGUGGUCGUCUACUGUUUACGGUCCAUUACCAGACCCAGAGAUGUCGUACUAGAAUUAGAUAGUCUUCUAAUCCAAAGCUCAUGGGUUACGAACUGCAGUGUUGGCCACUAGUGGAGUACGACAGCCGACAGUAGUGGGGGACAUAAAUCAACCGGGAGCAGUGACGCAGAUGCUGUUCUAGUACCUUUUCCUCUUUUUAUGCUUUAGCAAAGCUGUACAUUGUUGUACCACAACUAGACUAUUAUUUGUUAAGGCUAGAAUAAGAACUCUACUUACUUCUACUGUGUGAAAGUAAUUCUAGUACUACUUUAUUUUUGUGUGAACAACUCCACUGCCGACAGCUGCACCUAUACUAGUGUUACUAGUGCUAUGUAUACUAAGUCAAAAUCUACCCCAGUUACACCGGUUACGGCGUAACACUCUGCUUGAUUUUGUUGUUAUCCCUACAAGCUUGGGCAUCAUCGAGGCAGCGAAAACCGGAAGUGAAGAAAAAGGAGACUUUUAAUAUUACCGCAACGGAAUUUUCGGCGUGGAGUCGGACGAGGUUGUAAAGAGCGGGACACAUAAUUGUGGUAGAUGUGGAUGAGGCAAUACAAUUGUGGUCGUGAAUAUUGUACAGUGUGUACACGCUACAGAUCGUUGGUUUUGGCUAGAGGCUAGUCGAUAAUACGUAAUCGAAUGUUUUCGAUUCGUUGCUAUGCUGUACAGGAUUGCACUUUUUGACUUUCGUCGUGUAAAGAAAGAAUUUAUCUGAAGUCCAUGUACGCGGAUUCGGAC